CUUUUUUAUUUCCAUUUUCCCCUUUUUUCCCUUGUAACAAAGAAUUCGAACAAAAAAAGGACAAGAAGUGAAUAAAGACGAUGUGCGAGUAAAACAAAAAAGGGAAAAAAAGAAGAAUACAACUCUCUCCUAACUCUCUUUUUCUCCACCGCUGUUACUGUGGACGCCAGCUAAUAAAUACAAUUAAUUAGCAAUUAAUUAAAAAGCUGCAGGAUGAAUUGUGGCCGAGGCGAUGACUUCGAACAAGCCGCCUAGAAGGAACAUUUUUCACGCUUUAUUAGAAAUAUUCCUCCACACACCCAUCCCAGAGGAAUCCACAUUUGGGAAGGCGCAGCGACCUCUUCAACCAACCCAAAAAACCGGCGAAAAAUCCAUUUAAACCGCGGAAACAAAGCGGAGGCGCCCGCGCUGCCGCCGCCUCGGAACCUCGGGGGCAGACGAGGAGCCGAGCCCCGGAGCAGGAAUUGGGUGUUCGGGAGCUGCUGCCAAGCCUCGGCCGGAGCGUUUGAAAGCGACAUCGGCUUUUUGGGGGAUUUUUUUUUGUUGUUGUUUUUUCCCCCCUCUUUUCCAUGUUUUUUUUUCACCUCCCCUCCCCCUCCGGCCCCUCUCCGGAGGGAUGUGUGUGAUCAGCGAGUGGAAACACAAAUGUCCUGAUUUUCCAGAUUUUUCCUGCCCCUCUUUGAAAGGGACAAAGUAAAAAAAAAAACAACAAACCAAACCAAACCCAACCAAAAAGCAAACCUCGCCGAAAUGUUCCUGACCUGCGAGGGGACCUUGGGGGUCGUUCCGGCCGCCGUGGACUACGCCGUGCAAGCCCGGCCGGGCCCUUUCCACGCCGGCUACCAACAGAUCGAGGGCAUCAACUUGGGCUACUUACAGAUCAACGGCACGCAGAUGUUCGCGCUGGCCCAGGUGCUCAGCGACCUGUUCAAGGACAUCCCCAGGACCACCAUCAGCAAGAAGAUGGAGACCUUAAAAAUCAAGAGCCGCCGCUGCGACCUGGCCGAGCUGCGGACCCUCAAGGCCAUCAACUCGGUGCCCACGCGCGCCGUGAAGUGCUCGCUCAUCUCCAAGGCGGACCUGGAGGCUCUCUGCACCUCCUGCAAGAGCCUCCGCCGGAGGAAGAGGAGGAGGAAGAGCAGGAGAAGGGAGCAGCUGCUGCUGCCGGGCCCCGGGGAGUUCCUCCCCUGCCCGCGGCCCCCGCCCUGCAGAGCCGGCGGCUGCUGCGGUGCCCCCGGCCGGGCCGUGCCGCCCCCCGGCCCGCAGCCGCUCCAGCCCGCCCGGGGGGGGCUCUUUGCGGGCGUCCUGGCCGGCUCCCCCCGGGACCUGGCGCUGCUGCACCCCGCGGCCGCGCAGCCCUGCGCGCUCCCGGCCGCGCUCGGCGCCGCGGGCCGGCACCGGCGGGGCCCGGGCUGGCCCCGGGGGCUCCUCCCGCCCGCAGCGGGGCCCGCGGCCGCCAGGAAGGGCCGGUGCCGCGGCUUCCCCGCCUCCAAGCGCCAGGGAACGUCCGCCGGCUACUCCAGCGACUCGGACUCCAGCCUGGACCUCGCCGCGUCCAGCCCCGCCACCUCCAGCGACUCCUCGGAGGAGGAGGAAGAGGAGGAGGAGGAGGAGGAGGAGGAAGGGGACAGCUCGUGCAGCAGCGAGGAGGGCAGCUCCUCGGAGUCGGAGAGCAGCUCGCUGUGCAGCGGGGACUCGGUGCAGAGCACGCGGUACCGGCAGGCGGCCCUGCCCCGCUUCCAGCCCCCCCGGGAGCCGCUCGGGGAGGAGCCCCCCCCGAGCAAAGCGCCGCGCCCCGACCCCGAGCUGCUCUUCCUCUCGCAGCACCUCUGGGCCCGCACCCUGCGAGCGUCAACUUCGGAAAGUUUGAGCGCGGCCGCAGCGCCGGGGGCUCAGCCGGGGCUGUACGCGAGGCACGAGGCCUCCCCUGCCUCCUCCUCCUCCUCCUCCUCCUCCUCCUCCUCCUCCUCCUCCUCCUCCUCGCCCCCUCCCUCCCCGAGCCGCAGCACCCCCGGGGGGGCCCCGCCGCAAAAGGAGCGCGGCUUCGGGGACGCCGGCGGGAAGGAUUUGCACAAAGAUGCCUCGAACAAAAGCUCCUCGUCAGAGCGGCCCGGCGGAGCCUCCCCGGGGCCGGCGCCUUCUCCCGAGCCGGCCCCGGAGCUGCGGGCGAGCCCCGCCGCCCCCGGCGAGCCCCGGCCGGAGCAUUUCGACCGCUUGAUCCGCCAGUCCAAGCUGUGGUGCUACGCCAAGGGGUUCAACGUGGACGGGAAAGGUUUGCGGCACGGCCGGGGGGGCCCGGAGCCCUGGCGGGGAGCGGAGCUGCGCUUCCAGCCCCGCGGAGCGACCGAGAGCCCCGCGGCGCUGCGGGGCCGCCAGGACGGCAGCGCCAAACGGCGGCGCCUGGCCAGGGUCACCGAGAGGCAGCGCGGCCCCGCCAAAGCCAGGCCGCCCAAAGCCCCCCGGAGGAAUUCCAGGAAGGGAAACGCUCCCUGCAAAGCCGGCCCGCUUCGGAAUUCCUUCAGCCUGAUGGGCAACUUCCCCUGCACGCCCUCGCUGGUGGUGGGCGAGGACGGGGACCUGUGCCCGGCCUCGUCGCUGGGCGGCAAGAACUCCUGGGCGCUGUCCAAGACGCACCCGCUGUGGCGGUGGCACCUGGGGGGCAGCGCCAUCCCCGUGCCCCCCAGCCUCAAAUUCCGCGGCUGCGGCGGCCCGGAGGAGCCCUGAGGAGCGCGGGAGGCGCCUGGGAGCGGAGCGGGGUCGCCGCAGCCCCGCGUGGGGAACGGGCUGCCCGGAGCCGCGCGGGGACCGGGGCCGGUGUGGGGCUGAUUUGGGGCCGAUUUGGGGCCGAUUUGGAGCUGUUUUGGG